AUGUUUGCGAGCACUCUCCUCGGAUUGCUAUUGCUAUCUUUCCUAGCUAUCGUAAAAGCUCAAAGCAUCACCGACAGUGGAUGGCGACCCAUAUCAAGCGAAAAAGUCUUUACAUCCAGAAGUUCCAUUAAAACACCAGUAAAUAGGAAUUUCGAAGAUGCGCGGCAUCCGACUGAAUUCACUGACGGCGAGAAUAUUAAAUUUACUAAUGCACGCGAAAUGUAUUAUCGCAAUAUUUAUCCUCCAGGAUCCCAUUUUAAUGAAAAAGAACUUGAUCGCGAUCCUGAUGGUAAUAUAGAUGAAAACAAAGUAAUAAAUGAAAAUGAAGACAAACUCAGUUUUAACAGAAAAGCAAAAACGAUUCCCUCACAAUUUGUCAAUAAUGAGGUUAUUAAAACAAGUGACAUUAAACAAAAUGACGACGUUAAAACCAACAAUGAAUACAAAGUUAACGAAGAAAACACAGACGUAACUGGAGAACAAAGCAACAUAAUUGUAAACGAAAACUAUCAGACACAUGAACGAAAUCCAACGAAAGACUUUUUGAAGAUACUCUCCAACUACAACAUACGGAGCAGCGAUAAACUACCAAACUAUUCGCUAUCUCUAAGGCAAAACAGCCGACAUUCGCCUAGCAAAGAUUUCAUUUAUAUAAACGUGCCAAUAAAACUGCCACUUUCGUAUAACAGCCCAAACCAUCUACUAGUUGACCCAUUGAUAGCAGUGUUAUUAUCAAACUAUGGCUACUAUCUGCCAGGAUACUAUGGCGUUAAUGGUAAAUAUCAAAAUCUGUACGGCUAUUCGGCAGCUAAUAACAUUCAUAAUAACAAACCGUUUGGUUCUUAUAAAAUAUUUUCUGAUACUGAUUCCUAUAAUGUGAACUACUAG